AUGGCAGAAGUGAUUGAAGACUAUGAAGCGGUGCGAAACGAGCAACAUGGUCAGGUCCGUAUUAACGAUGACGCGAUAGACGAAGGUGAAGACCUCGAAGAAGUGUAUGACGAAGCUGGAGAUCGAGAGGCCGCAGAUGCCGCAGAUGCCCAGACCAAUAACGUGCGCCCUCCAUUGAGUUUAGACAGCCCAGGGCGCAUGAACUUAUCAGAGGAAGAAAGGAACCUUGCAAUCAAUAUCAAAGAAGCCAUUGCUGCUGCACCAGAUGUGGAUUCUGUGAGCGAUUUUAUGUGUGUGCAGCUGGCAUUGAUAGAUGGUGACAAUACGGAUGCAGCCAUUGAAAGAGUGCAUCAUCUUCAAUGCUUCAGAGAAGAAUACGGAAUUCUUGAUUCUGCUCAGGAUGGCGUGAAGUGUUUUGGUGAUUAUAUGAAGCUCUUCCCUGGAUUCCAUCUGUGUUUCAGCUACUACCAUGAUUCGGGUAGUUACGUGAUGAUCUAUGACAACACAAAAUUUGAAGUUCGAGAAGUCAGAUCACCUGAGAGGAUCCAUGCUUGGCUUGGUGGUUCCUACUAUACUUGCACAAUAUUCUGCCCUGAUUUUGAGGCUAUUCGUAAUGGCACCGUGUUGGUUGUCGAAUGUGAGGGAUAUGACUGGAAAACUGACAUGGACUUCAAGAGCCUGAAGAAAGUGUGGUCAGAAGUGGCCACAGUCUAUCCUGUCUGCUUUGACAAGGUCAAGUACUUCAAUGCCUCGAGUACAAUGAAUGUUGUGGUUUCUAUGCUCAAGCCAUUUCUGCCAAAGCACCUAAGAAACAACAUUGAAUUCGGGUGUCAAUUUGAACAGAGGCUAGAUGCACUCUACCUUGUACCUUCGAUGGAGGAAGCCAACCAAAGACUGCUUGCCCGUGUAGAUGCUACACUCCAAAGAAGGUACGAAAACGAACGAACAUUCCGCCUCUAA